GAUGAAUUUACCAAAAAUUUCAUUUUUUGAUGAUCCUAAAUCCUAAUUGUGGAUCAAGGAGGUCAUUUAGCUGUCGGAUCCGAUCAUCAGUGGGACUUUGAUAAGAAACUCAAAGAAAGGGACUUAGAAGGAGAUCAACUACUUUAUAUAGGAUGGAAAGCUGGCGAACAACAAGAAAUUCAUUGAUCUUUAGAAUGUGACAUUGGAUAAACUGAAGAAUUACGGUUUCAAGUUGACCAGGAAUAGGAAAUCAGUAGAGUUGUUUGCCCACAAUGAAUAAGCACAAGUAGUGUGGUAUGAUUAUCUGAAAUCGUUUUGCAUUUAAAGAGGGUUUAACAAUGUGUACACAAUAAACAAGUUGAUAGGGAAGGGCAAUUUUGCGAAGGUAAUAAGUAAUGUGAUAUCUACAAAGGUGUAUAGUGCAUAAAAAAAGAGUGAUCAAUCAUUGUACGCUGUUAAGGCAUUUGACAAACUGAAAUUUCAGGACAUCCGAAUCGAUAAGGUAGAAAUGAAGAUUUACAUAUUAUAAGCCUGCAUUAAUAAAGGAGUUAUCCAUAAUGAGAAAGAUGGAUUUUCGAGGAGUGAUCAAAUUGUAUGAGGUUUACGAAAAUGACAAUUACAUUUUUUUGGUUUGUGAAUUAUUGGAAGGAGGAGAACUCUUCAAUUAGAUGAAAGGCAAAGCGUACGACGAAAAGACGGUGGCCAACAUCAUGUACAGAAUCCUGCAAUCCAUUGAUUACAUCCAUUCGAUUGGAGUAUUGCACAGAGACAUUAAAGUACGCAAUGUGUGUAAGAGUAGCCUGAAAACCUCAUACUCCGAUCGAAAGGAGAUAUGACCGAUGUUGUGAUAGCAGACUUCGGUUUAGCUGACUAUUACAACCCAUCUGGUGAUUACAUGUUCAAGCGUUGCGGUACUCCAGGAUAUGUUGCACCAGAAUUAUUGCAGGAUAAGAUCUAUGAUUUCAAAGUGGACAUCUUUAGUGCUGGAGUCCUAAUGUUCAUCAUGUUGACUGGUGCUUCUCCAUUCAAAGCCAAAUCUUAUGAUGAGAUUGUGAUGAAGAACUACCAUUGUCAGAUCGAGUAUAGUUUAAUUAACAAUCAUCCUCUCAGCGAGGAGGCUAUUCAUUUGUUGAGAGCAUUGCUUGAAAAAAAUCCUGAUCUCAGAAUAAGUACCGAGUUGGCUCUUCAACAUCAAUGGUUUCAGAAGUAGGCUGACUAUCAGUUGCAUCUGUAAUUAUUACUAAUCUCAUAGUCAUUUUAAAAGGGAAGAGAACCUGCCUAGACACAAAAGGAACUCAGAUCUGUAUGCCAGAACACCACUUAUGGGUCAAGAACUCAACCAAUCAUUGACAUCUACUCCUUUGAGUGUGACACCUCAGAUGAGGAGCAAAUCAAAUACUGCCGACAUCAAUCGAGAAGACCAGAAUGCAAAUACAUUCAGACAACAGAGUUAGUCAGUCAAAGUUUAGAAACAAGAAUGCAUCUUAGAAGAGAAUGAUUAUAAUGUAAAUGAAGAUGACGAUAUCCCUCGUAGUAAUCAAAUUAAGAUGUAUUAGAUCUAACCAAAAUUAAAAAAAAGUAGUCAUUUUAUAAAUAACAUUCUUAGAUUAAGAAGAGCAAUAGAAGUACAAUGUUGAUAAUGCAAAUAACAUUCGUGGGUCACUUAAAUAAGCUUUUUGA